UAGAGUACAGUGAAUAGAUCGCGCAACRAUGUUGAGAAUUUACUCACGCUUUUAUUGCAAAAUUGCAAUACAAGCUAGUCAAAUUCCUAAACAUAAUAAACUAGAUUUUACGCAGCUAAGUCAUCCCACAAAAGUGCCACAGACUCCAGUGCCAGCGGCUUUUCCUGACACCAGCAAAAACCCCAUCGAAAUCGACACAAAUACAAUUAAAUUGCUGGAACGUUUAUCUCUGGUGGAUCUGGACAGUGAUCAGGCGCUAGACACGCUGAAGAGCAGCAUACAAUUUGCAGAUAAAAUAGCGAACAUCAAUACGGACAACGUGCAACCGCUGUAUACAGUGCUGGAGCAUCAGCAGCUGCAAUUACGCAACGACCAGGUGACAGCCGGCAAUUGCCGAGAGGAGCUGCUGCGCUGCGCCAAGCGAACCGACGAGGAUUACUACGUGUCGCCGCCAGGCAACAUUCCAUUGGAACAGUAAUUACCAUGUCCACCCGC